AUUGAACUAACGGAAACGGAAAUGCGUACACAGCUACAAACUAAAAUUAAUUUUAGAACAAAAUUAAGAAAAGCCAGAGCUAAGGUCAAUUGGAUUCCGAAGCGACAUUUGCCGAGUGAAAAAUCUUUUGAAAUGAUUCUGCCGUCGGCCAAUAAACUACUAACCACACUCAACCGCAACUGUGUUACAAUGAGAAACUUUAAAAGGAAGAACCAUGUAACGCGCCGAAGUUUUGACAAUUCUCGGAUCUCUGCUGCCUAUCGUAGUUUAAUACGAGAAAUUCUACAAUGCGAAGUUACCGACGAACUUGCUACCCAAAUUUAUAAAAAUUGGAAUAAUGGUGAGAAACAUAAAUCCAUAAAUAGACGCCAGAGGUUGCCUACGCCUGUGCCGGAAGACAUUCAUCAGGCAAUUAUAGAGCCCAAUAGUGGUAUGGGAAGUGCUGUUAUCAACAUUAACAAUAAUUUAGAACUGCCAGUUGAUACUUGUUCUGAGUCUGAUGACCAAAAUGAAUGGGGCGCUUUUGGUGUAAUGGUAAAAUUGUUGAAUUUAUGCCGUUCCAAAAAUGUACUAGGAGACGAAAUACCUGUGGAAUAUCUUUUACAGCCGGCUAUACUUAUACGAAAGAAAGCUGUAAAAGCGUUCGCUGCACUAUUAAAGCUUGCGGCGAGUCGAUUUAUUGUAUUGCUGUCAGCAGAAAACUCCAUACAAUUACAGCACAUUAAAUUGGGAGCAGCUUCGAGUAAACUAAUACAGAGAAAUGAAGCAAAUGGAAUGCCGUUAAGACGUGCUAACAUCGGCUAUCGUAUACAUCACCUUGUAAUGCUUUUAUCAUAA